AUGAACUUUCAGUUUGAAGACCUGCUGCUGCAGUUUGAGGCGCUGCCGCCAGGCGAAGGCAGCCAACUGAACGAGCCGUGGGGCGAAAGGACGCUUCCUGCCAGGGAGGAGCGAAAAGAGGAUCAAGACCCCACGCCACAUCUGCAUGAGGAAGAGGAGAAGGAUGAUGAUGGACUCGAGGCAUUUUUGGAGGCCCUGCCCCCUUUAGGGAGCUCAUCUCCUUUAAGGGUCCCAUCCCCUUUGAGAAACCCACCCCCCUGCGAGACCCCGACACCUGAUGAUGAUGUCCUUGAGGCAUUUUUGAGGAGCCUGUCCCCUUUAGGGAGCUCAUCUCCUUUAAGGGUCCCAUCCCCUUUGAGAAACCCGCCCCCCUGCGAGACCCCGACACCUGUUCGGAUCCCCACCUCUUUUAGUAACCCGCCCCCCUGUGAGAACCCGGCCCCUGUUAGGAAUCCAUCCCUCUGCGAGACCCUGCUCCCUUUGAGGAACCCACCCCCCUGCUAUACCCCGACUCCUGUUAGGAUCCCCACCCCUGUUAGGAACCUGGCCCCCUGUAAUAUCCCGAUCCCUUUGAAGAACCCAGCCCCCUGCUAUAACCCUAUAUGGACUCCUUUAGAGAACCCAGCACCCUUCUGGAACCCGAUCCCCAUAUGGAUGCCCUCACCUUUGAGGAACCCGACCCCAGUAUGGAUCCCGUUUCCUUCAGGGAACCCCUGUAUGGUCCCUGUGGUGUGUCUCCCGCAAGGGUAUAUUCCUGCUCCUCACCAGGGCAAAAGGAAGAGAAGGGAUGAACAAAAGGACAGUGAAAAUGCCCCUCCUUGUCGAAGGCAGUGUGUUUAUUGUGCCUGA